AGCUUUAUAAACAACAGAAACAGGUCAGCAGCUGUGUGUGAAUCAGAGAUACUGACGAGACACCGGCGGACUCUUACAGGACGUUAUCGAGUGAAAGCGAGACACUGUUGUGGUCACUAGCAGUGAGUGUGUGUGUGUGUGUGUGUGUUUGUGAGUGAGUGAGUGUGUGUGUGUGUGUGUGUGUGUGUGUGUGUGUGUGUGUACAUAAACAAAGCCGCUGCAGGACUCUGACAGACUGACACUGUGCGCGCGCGCGUGCGCGUGUGUAUGUGUCUGAUUAUUAGGAGCAGACAGAGUCAGAGUCAUGGCAAUUAAUAAGUCCCGGGUGGCUAUAGGGUUUAUAGUUGCCGGUGUGUUGGCCGUGGUCUUCGGGACCGUCCUCACGUUCGUGGGACCGUUAAUAAUCGACGACCAAAUAGUCAAGAACACGGUGAUUGACCCAAAUAAUGACAUGACCUACACCAUGUGGAGGGACAUCCCCGUGCCCUUCUUCAUGUCGGUCUACUUUUUCAACAUCCUCAACCCUCAGGAGUUUCUGAAAGGAGAAAAGCCAAUGGUGGAGCAGCGAGGACCUUAUGUGUACAGAAAACGCAUUCAGAAAGACAACAUCACGUUUCAUCCCAAUGAUACCGUGUCGUACCUAGAAUACAGAUCGUAUUUCUUCGAGCCUUCCAUGUCUGCAGGGAAUGAGUCUGAUGUUGUGACGAUACCGAACAUGUUGGUGCUGGGUGCAGCGAUAAUGAUGGAAAACCAGCCGUACCUCGUACGCUUAAUGAUCAGCGCCACGUUCAAAAAAUUCAAGGAGGGGCCCUUAUUGACCAAAACUGUUGGGGAGCUGAUGUGGGGCUAUGACAGUGAACUGGUGGAGUUCCUGAAUAAAUACUUUCCUGGCAUGCUGCCCUCAACGGGAAAGUUUGGCCUUUUUGCUGAAUUCAACAACUCCAACACUGGUCUGUUCACCAUCUUCACCGGGCAGAACGACAUCAGGAAGGCUCAUAAAGUAGAUUCAUGGAAUGGCCUGACAGAGCUGAACUACUGGAGAACUCCCCAGUGUAACAUGAUCAAUGGAACAGCUGGGCAAUUGUGGCCUCCUUUUAUGACAAAAGAAUCAACUCUGCCUUUUUACAGCCCUGACGCAUGCAGAUCUAUGGAGCUUGUUUACCAGCGCCCUGGAGUGAUGAAGGGUAUUCCACUAUAUCGUUUUGUUGCACCUAAGACCUUGUUUGCCAAUGGGACAGAUUAUGCCCCCAAUGAAGGUUUCUGCCCCUGCAGACAGGCCGGUCUGCUGAAUGUCAGCAGCUGUCGCUUCGGCUCUCCAGUCUUUAUCUCUCAUCCUCAUUUCUACAACGCUGAUCCUGUGCUACUGGACUACGUGCAGGGCCUCAGUCCAAAUGAGGAUGAGCAUGGCCUCUUCAUCGACAUUCACCCACAAACGGGUGUCCCUCUCAACGUGUCCAUCCGUCUGCAGCUCAACCUCUACAUGAAGAAAGUGUCCGGAAUUACAGAAACUGGCAAGAUUUCUGAGGUGGUGAUGCCCAUGAUCUGGUUUGAAGAGAGUGGUUAUAUAGACGGACCUAUCCUCACUACAUUCCACACAAACCUGGUUAUUCUGCCUGCUGUGAUGGAGUACAUGCAGUACGGGUUCAUAGCGCUUGGUCUGGUGACGAUAAUAAUUGCCUUCCUUGUGCACCAUCGAGCCAGGAGGUCGAGGAACACUGCGGUGUCCUCCAUUGUGUUUGAGAACCCCGGGGCCUCCAUCAAAGAGCCAGUAAAAGGCUCCUAUGGCACUGAGACAGCAAAGAAAAGUAACAUAAACAAUUAAGAGAAGUAAACAUGGAGCUGCAUCAACGAGCACUACAACAGAAGAGAGAGACCCUCUACUACAAGAAGAACUUGAUUGACACUCCUGCACGAGUGAACGUGCAAACAUACAUAAACCUGAUACUGUGAAGGCAAUCAUCAUCAUUCCAGCUUGUUGAAGUGAUUCUCCGUGGCAGGGUGCCCCAUAUGCUCUAUAUGCUAAUGAGAAUAUUGCAUAGAUGAACGUGUGUUGUCUUCUUUUUUUAUACUUGACUAAUGUUGAUGAAACUCAGCCGGAGACUGAGGUUGAGAAGUUCACACAGAAGAUGCUUCUGCUACUGACUAAGCCAAAAAAACACUUUAUUUCCAACGACAUGUUAUAGUUUGUUCACGUCAUCAGGAGCAAUAAUAGACAUCACUGAUUCUUU